AUGUUGGAUACCGUGCUUGUGAAUUGCGUGCUUCUUUACCGUAAGGUUACUAAUUCAAAUAUUUCAAGUAAAGAGUUUAGGCUUAGUUUGGCUUGGGAGUUAAUUAAAGAAGCUUUAGGUGAUGAAAAAAAAAAAGAACUACUUAGCGAUGAAAUGUCUUCUCAAACUCCACCAAAAGGAAAACGAGUUGUUCACGUGACUAAAAAUUUCGAACUACCCUUAACCCGUUUGUUAGAUGAAGACCAUUUAGUUGAAUGGAUGGAAAAAAGAGAAGCUUGUGUCUAUUGCCGCUAUAAAUCACAACGUGGAGAAAAAGUAAUUAAUUAUGAUAAUCCUUCGCAAAGUCAGUUGUGGUGCAGUAAAUGCAAAGUGCCAUUAUGUUGCUCUAAAGCAAGACCAUAUUGCUUUAGAGACUAUCAUUCUAAAAUACAAGAGUAG